UGCUUGGAAUACUGACUCAAAGCAGUGACCCGUUAAAGUAUGUUCCCAUCUUAUUCCUGUUAUUUCAAAGAAAAUUUAAUCUCACAGAGUACGAGAUCAGCUGGUCGAAGAAUGUAAGCGAGCCCUCAGCACUACUGAACUUUCUGUAAACAAUGUCCUUAUCUUGUUAGCUAUUUUGGCUGGAGAGUUGAAAAAGUUUGGAGACCUGAUAUCAGAUGCACAAUCCGCUGCUGAUUUUAAGACAAGCAUGCGCCCAUGGUGUGUCGGUCUUCUGGAAUUUAUGCUCCCUACUGUUUUCAGCGAUUAUGUUCAGAAAACUCAACCACUCAUACAAGUUUGCGUGAACCAGCGAUGUGUCAAUGAAAAUGUGGCUAAGUCCGCUCUGUGGAUGGCAUGUCAGUCUGUCUCGGAUGAAGUUAGAAGUUUUUUCGAAGAUAAACUUAUCGCGCAAGCCCUGGACUGGACGCUUGGGCGAGAAGUUGAUCCAAACGGCAGUAUUUAUGCUCUGCUGACGGGUGGGACCGCGAAAGAGCCUGCAAGUCUGUCCAUAUCAAAAAUAUGGCUAUUUUCAGCUGCUUUAGGAGCAAAUGACCUGAUCACGAAUUCACUGAGCCGUUCGAUUCCACCCGACCAACACAUUGAAGAAGCUGUGAAGAAUUUUGAAGAGAACCGAAACGUAAAUGAAGGCGAAGUUGUGGAGUUUUUCAAGAGGAUCGCAAACGUCCCGUUGAAUACGUUUCGAAAGUAUGAGAAACGUUUACGAAAACCGCUGGAGUUGAUUUUCAACAAGGGUGGUGAACAAUUGAAGAGGGCUGCUUAUGAAGGUGAGAAAAUUUCGUAG